GAAAGCUCUAGAAAACUGGAAACUGAAAAAUCCUAGUAGGCAACAGGAUGUUUUUCAAAGUUUUUCGAAGUCACUCUCAACAUUUCUCUAAACGUAGUCGACAUCUAAUCCUCUCCAGUGUAGUGAAAAAGAAUUGCAAUUAAAACUAAAACAAAAUGAUAGACGACGAUAUUAUUGACGCCAUCAGCGUGAAUCCGGUGGGCCGGGCCAUUAUCUAUACGGGUGCAACAAUUCUGCGUAUUCUUGGGCUACGCCCAAAGAUCAUAGUGCCCCAGGAGAUGAUGGUGCCGCCAGUGGUGGUCCAUGAGGUGGUGACGCCCAGCUUGUUUGACUACCUCGACCUGAUGGUCGCCCAGAAAUUCAAAUUUGAGCUCCUGGCUGGUAUAUCCGGCGCCUUGGCCCUACUCAUGUCCGCUGUCUGCAAGAAUAUGGUGCGGAAAAUGAAUCCAAAAGACCAGCAGCAGGCCCAGGAAUAUGCUAAUUGCGCUAGCCGCCUACAUUUAACUAGCUCGUUCGCCAUGAUGGUCAUUCCGUUCGCCCAUUUUCCAGCAAUGACCGGCACACUGAUGAUCAGCGGAACGGUUAUAUUCAGCGGUUCGAUGUACUAUUGCGCCCUCACAGGAGAGCGGCGCAUCAGGUCGAUUGUCAUCGCUGGUGGCAUCCUAAUGGUUGCCGGCUGGAUGUCGCUGAUCAUUUAGGAUCAACACAACAAAAAUCUUUGUUUUGUUCUUAGUAUGUAUCUUUUCAAUAUUCAGUUAGAAAAAAUCAACGAAAACCCAUUCACUGCUAGUAUCAUAUCUUCCAUUAAUCUACCGAAAAAGGAAAUAAAAAUGUCAAAAAAAUCCCUGCUAAGCCACUGCCGAAAAACGAAAUAAAAAUGUACAAAAAAAGGAUCCUUUGGCAGAUAUAAGAAGAAACUCUUUGCUCCACAACAGCAACAAAACUUGCCAAAACAGAAAUAUACAUCGAUGGGGUUUAAAGGAGCUACAUCCCUGCAGCUAAUGGAAGAUACAAUGUGUGGUUCUUGCAGUUCUAAAACACUUCAUUGCGGCCUAAUAAAAUUCAUACAACAAAUUUAUAAUGUUACAAGGCAAAAUACUAAGUAAAAAAA